AUGCCUCUGUCGCAGGAGAUCGAGCACUGCUACUACCACGGCACCGUCAAGGACUACCCGGGUGCCACGGCCGCCUUCCACACGUGCAACGGGGUGUCCGGGGUCAUCCACGUGGGCAACGAGACUUUCGUCAUCCAUCCGUUCUACGGCGGGGACCUCUCGGCGGGCGGGGCGUGUGUGCAUUCCGAGCAAUUUCCGGCGCUGGGAGCGGCGUGCGUUGGGACAACAGCCAGUCAACACGAAGAAGCCCGCCGCCCGCCAAGCCCCUACGAUGGAGUGCUGUGCAAACAGCCGCGCCGCCGCCUGCCGCCGGCCCGCCACCGCCGGCCCGCAACGCCCGCGCCGCCCGUUAAUUACUGCGAGGUCGGCGCGCCGCGCCGCCGGCAAGCUUCCCUCUUCCGCGUUCCGGCGAAGCCCGCCGGCGGACGCGUCCGGAGGUGUGGUGGUGGUGGUGGUGGUGAUUGUGAAAAGCGUUUUAGCCCGGAGAGGGAAGAGAAAAAGGGAUGUGGGUGUCGGGGGUGGAGUUGGGAGGAGGGGUUUUGGUGA